AUGGCAGAUCCCCUGAGUAUUACUGCAAGUAUAGUCGGCAUUACUGUACCUGCUCUUCACGCGGUACGACUGCUUUUAGACGACGUACAAAAGCUCAGUGAUGCUCCAAACGCGGCCCAACAACUCCGCGACGAUUUAGGCGCAGUCGAAAGCGCCAUCACCUCUUUGCAACACGUGAAUGAUGAAGAUCUGGCGAAUCUUGGCGAGAACAUUGCUGCAAACAUCCGUACUACUAUACGCAUCUGCCAAAAGACCUGCGAGUCAUUUCGCGCAGACUUGCAACGCUGGACGCGACAUUCAGAUGCUGAAAAGCUCUCUUGGCGAGAUCGUACAACUAUAGGAUUCUUCAAAGAGGGACAAAUAAAGUCCAUGUCUCAGCAACUACAAAAUUGCAAAACAACAAUUAAUAGCACGGUCGGUAUAGCCGUCCUAUAUGGCUCCAUUCGCCAAGGCCACGCGAUUGAAUCUAUUCAGGGGACGUUGCAGUCGAAACAACAAGAAAUCGUGCAGGCUGCUGGCGCGGCAGAAAGACAGCUAGCUGCUAUGGAUGAUCACACACAGCCCAACCUCGACCAUGACCAGACACUCCCGCAAAUACAGAGCACAGAAAGCACAACUAGAGCAGAGCAGAGAGCCCGAGACGACCGCGAAGCUUUACGUGUGUCGGCUGCCUUACUGAAAGAACUUUCCAUCAAAUCUGAGCGAGAAGAACUAGUCAAGGCUGCUGGACGGGAGAAAUUUCGCGCGACAACGGUGACAUUCGGAAACAAUAACUCGGGCUUCCAAGGAGGAAUCAUUAAUGGCUCGGUCAGUGGUAUCACUUUCGGCAGGCCCGCUUGA